AUGAGUACUACAACAACAUCAAAGAAACCAGUUCCAGUUGUUUCAAAUAAAAUGCCAUCACAAUCUAUAAGAAGAAGUUCCAAUGAUAGUGAUAAAAGGGUUCGUAAAUUGUGGUGGACACCCAAACGAAAUGAAGUUGAUAUUCGUUCAGAAAAUGAUACUCGUUAUAAAAAUGUUUCAGCAAAAGUGAAUUCUUUAGCGAAUCUUGACUAUCGUCCUGGUGGUGGUCAAGUAUCUAUACGUGAUGAGCCUAUACAAUGGCAAGCAGCAUCAAAAGUGAAUUCACUUGCUAAUGCUAGUUGGGCACCUUCACCAGGACGUGUUAGUGUUAAAACGGAAAAAUUACAAUGGAAUGCUCAACCUAAAGUUGAUUCAAUGGCUAAUAUUGAUUACAAGCCUUCUGGUGGUGAAAAUACAGCGAUUCGUGAUGAAAAACUUGACUUUAGUCAUAUUACACCACGUGUUGAUUGUGGAUUUGUUGAUUAA